CCGUCUGCUGAUAAAACGAUUUCAAAACAAGGACUAUAUGAAAUGGGUCUUGAAAGACCAAGUUGAAGGCCCGAAGGCCCAUUAACAAAGAUGAAAGUAUCCUGAUUCCUGCACGGCUGCACUUUACUCUCAUCUCCUCCCUCUUUUCCUCCAAAAAAUCUAGAAAAAAUGGCAGCUAAAACCCUACUCCGUUCAGGAAAUUCCAUCGUAACUCGCUUCCUCAGCACGGGUUCAACUCAGUUUUCAUCAAAUUUAACUCACCAAAUCCAAUCGAAGUUAUUGAUUACUCCUUCACUAUCAAAUCUUCGAUCUCUUCUAUUUUCUCCUCAAAACGAUACCGUUUCGUCCAACAUCACCUCCUCGCAUGGCUUUACAUUUCCUUUCCUUGAUGGAAAAGAUAAAAUGGUACAAGAUAAAAGAUUGGAGAUUGCAAAUAUUGUUAACCCUUGUGGUCAGCCUUCCCUUGAAUUCUUCCUUCCUGAUGCUGAUGAUUCUUCUGGUGAUCCAAUGAUCUUAUUUCCCAAAAGAACUUUCCAGCCAAGCACCCUCCGGCGUAAGAGGAAUCACGGUUUCUUUGCACGAAAGGCUACAAAAGGUGGGCGAAGAGUGAUUGCCCGAAGAAUAGCAAAGGGACGACACAGAGUCACAGCUUAGAGCUUUUGUCAAUCGUAUGUAGUUCCGCUAAAACGUUGCAACACUUGGGUUCGUAAGAGAAAACCUUGAUCUGGUGUGUCGGAUUGGCUUUGUUUUGUUGGGAUACAAGUAUAUGAUGCUAGUAGAGUAUCACAUAAAAUAGUGCGUUGAUGAUUCGUAUUCAUCUUUGUUUAAUUUACAUUCUCGAUAAAAUUAAUGGAAAAAUAAUUACAUAAA